AUGAGGCGGAGGGAGAUGCGUUUUCAAGAGUGCAACGUAUCAAAUAUUGAUUCCUUGGAGAAUUUUUGUUGGUGGUCCAACUUAAUGGAAAUUGAUCUAUCCGAAAGCAAUUUUGUCAGUCUUCCUGUGUGCAUUAGCAAAUGUGUCAACUUGCGGGGGCUUAAUUUGAGGGGUUGCAAGAGGCUUGAAGAAAUUCUAGUACAACUUCCAGCAUCUAUAGCAUGGAUCAAUAUGACUGAUUGCAUAUCGCUGGGAAGAUUUUCAACAUUGUCAAAGAUGUUGGAAGACGAAGACAUGCAAGGCAUUAGUAACAUGGACUUGUCUAAUUGCCAUAGGCUAUGCGAUAACCUAGGGUUGGAUCUUUCAAAGAUGGCAAAAAUUUUACUAAAUCAGAUGAAGAGGAGGAGGAUUAUCGUUACACUACCUGACAGUGGCAGUGAAGUUCCAGAGUGGUUCACCUUUGGUGAUGACUUUGAUGACUUUGAUGAGAGUAAAUUUGACUACGUUGAUGUUAAUGGCAGGAGUGUUCGUAAUUACGAACUUCCUUUUGAAAUUCCUUGGACUUCCGUAUUGGAGAACACAAAAUUAGUUUUGUUUGCUGUUUGGGAAAUUACGGAAUCAUUUGUUAGCCCUUGUUAUGUUGAAUUUUAUUUUGAUAGUUGUGAAGAUAAGAUACAUCUGUAUGGAGGAGAGACAGGGGAAGGUAAUGUGUGGCUGGAAUGUAUUCCAAUUUUUCAUGUACAAUUAAAGACGCCUAUUUUUCGAAUUACUGUUAUCGGCAAAGGGGUGCACAUCAAAAGCAUUGGGGCCCACCUGGCUCCUAUCAGUAUGUCGAAGGAUGGUGAUGAUGAUGGCAAACAUAUUGAUGAAAAUGAAUUAGAUGAUGAUGAUGAUGAUGUAGGUGAUGAAGUUAGACCCAGAAAGAAAACAAAGAUAUGA